CUUUCGGAAAACAGCAAGUCAGGCACACGCGCUGACUGCAAUUUUGAUAUUCGGAAUGCAGAAAUCAGUAUCUUUUUCCUGUCCAGGAUGCGAGAGAGGAGGGUUCCGCAGCUUGGUGGAGGCCCAGAAGCACUUUGAGAAGCAAUCUCACUCUGUGCGGUGUACCGUCUGCCAAAAGGCAUUCGGCAGCGGCAUGGCAGUCAUACAGCAUUAUCAAAAGCACGUCAAAGCUCGGGAAGCUUCAACCAAUACGAAAAAGCCCAUUCAGGAGAGAAAGGCUUAUAACCAGCAUUCAGCAGGUCCGACAAUAACGUCGCCAUCACCCCUCGGAAGUGGCCAAAAGUACUUUCAAGAAACUCUACUGACAGCUGUCGGAAAUAUAAUGCAUUUCGGAGAGGAGCGUGAUCCGAUCAACUUGCCCUUUCAAUUGCCUUUGAUCGCAUCGGGUGUAACUGAUGCUAAUGGUAACCAACCCUCUCGAUCUUUGCUCCCUUUUGCAGUCGUCCAUGCGACUAAGUGAUCUACAUAAAGACUUACUUGGUAUCCGGGAAACUCUUGGCUAGGAAUCGAUUUCAACACAAACAUCCACAACGUCGUUCUGCAUCCCCUUGAACAGUGUCUAAUUCUGAGGUAUCUGCGUUCCAAGUGCCAUUCAGAGAGCCGCCUU